AUGGAGCCGCCAAGCCUCGAGCUCCGACCGCUCGGCCGCGAUCCAAAGAGCCUCAAGCACAAGCACAAGAGCAAGCCCAAGAGCUCUCAGAAGCAGCAAACGCGCGGAGGCAGGAGCGAUCUCACUGUGGAGCUUGCAAAUCGAGACGACCAACUGCGGGAGCUCUUGGCUGGAAAAAUUGCCGAGAUUCAAGUCGGUGGCGACGAGACGUUCGACGAUCUCUCGGGGAUGUACUUGGAUGAGACGCUGCCAAUUGCGAUGAAGAGCAAGGCAGCGAGUGUGAAGGAGAGUGAAGAGAUGACGGCUGAAGAUAAAGUGGAGGCACUUGUGGGCAGUCUGAAUGAAGCGAGCGACCAAGUGGCAUUGAUGCAGCAGAAGAUUAGCGAGUUGAAUGCCAAGUGCAUUCUGCUGAAGCAACGCAAAGGCGCAGUAAGCUCCGAGCUAGUGAAGUCGAACGCGUCCAGGGCCAAGCUGGAACAGCUCUGUCGAGAGCUGCAAAAGCAGAAUAAAGUUAUUGUGAGUGAAAGCCGUCGUAUUGCUGACGAAGAGGAUCAAAAGCGACGUGACUUGUCAGCCCAAUUUCAGAAAACGAUCGAAGAAGUGGGCACGAAAAUGGACAAGCAGAGUCAGGACUACGUGUUGUCACUGAAAGAAAACGAAACUCUUCAUCAGAAGCUAAAGACGUCUCUUGAGCAAUACACGGCACGUGAAAAGUACUUUCAGCGGCAGCUGGAAGCAAAGGAUCUCGAAGUCCAGCUUGCCGAAACGAAACUGCGGCAUCAGAUCGAGCUGACGUCGCUUGAAGCGGAGAAGGUGAAAGGCACUCUUGACAAGGCCAAAGAGUUCUCCAACCGUGAGGUUCAGUUGCAAGCACAGCUCAACUCGUACUCUGAAAAGUUCGACGUGGUGCAGGAAACACUGACAAAAAGCAACCAAAUGUUCACUACCUUCCGUGAUGAAAUGGAACGAAUGGCCAAAUCUACCAAGAUGCUGGAGAAAGAGAACCUAGCACUCAAGAAGAAGUGUGCGGCGUAUGACACGGGUGCAAUUGCUUCGAUCCAAGGACAGGUAGCGUCUGCUGAGGAGACGCUGAAGCUGCACGAGAAGAUCAAGAAGCUCGAGCGUCUUUGUCGCCAUUUUCAAGCUGAGCGUAAGAGCAUUCGACAAGACCAGCCUGACCAAAUUGCUGCAGUCGCGACAAGAGAAUCGAGUUGA